AUGGCACCUGCUCCUUCCGAUGCACGACCCAUCGUCUUUUCAGGACCCUCAGGCACAGGGAAGUCGACUCUGAUCAAGCGACUGUUCCAAAAACACCCCGACCUCUUCGGCUUCAGCGUCUCCCAUACUACCCGCCAGCCUCGAAACGGGGAGGAAGAUGGCGUGCACUACCACUUCACUACGGUGGAGAAUUUUGAAAAGAUGAUCGCGGAAGAUGCAUUCGUCGAGCAUGCUAGAUUUGGGGGCAACUACUAUGGAUCAUCCAAAAGGGCGGUCCAGGACGUCGCAGAUGGCAAAGGCAAGAGUAUCGACGGUAGCACUGCAGCAGGGAAGAGGAUCUGCAUCUUUGACAUUGAAAUGGAAGGGGUCAAGCAGCUGAAGAAGAGCACCUUGAAUCCUAGGAUCUGCUUCAUCCAGCCUCCCAGCAUGGAGAUUCUGGAGCAACGGCUGCGUGGCAGAGGCGACACUGCGGAGGAAGCCAUCCAGAGAAGACUGGCCCAGGCGAAGAAUGAGAUCGAGUACUGCAAGCAGGAAGGCAAAAAUGACAAGGUCAUCAUCAACGAUGACCUCGACCGAACGUUUAGUGAACUCGACGAGUGGGUAAUGCAGGAUAUUUCGGCUUGA